AUGCCAAUUGGUACUCAGAUCAAAGAGGGAGAAUUAGCCUAUGAGAAAGAUGACUUGGCUACUGCAUUAUUGAAGGCGAAUUCUGCACUUCAAGAAAAUCCGAAUUCAUUCAAAGCACUUUUACUCAGAAGUCGCAUUUAUUUGAGAUCCAAAAAACAUGAUCUUGCUUUUGAGGAUGCUAACAAACUCGUUCAAAUAGCCCAAAAUAGUGGCAAACGGGAAGAACUUGCUCUGUCCUAUAAACAGAAAGCAAUUGUUUUGUAUAGACGGAAACGAUUCCAAGAGGCAAUGGAAAAUAUAUGCAAAGCUCACAACCUAAAUGACAAGGACGCCGAAAGCUUGAUGUUUAAGAGCAUGAUAGAGAAAAAACUUCAAGCAGGUGAGAAGAUUUCAAGCGAAAGUCCUGCAUCUUCCGAAGAACAGCCAUUAUUGGCCCAACAAAUUUCGAAACAGAAACCGAAAGUGGACUGGUAUGAUUCCAAAGACAUGGUCAACGUUUCAAUAUAUGUCAAAAAUAUACCUCCCACGACUCUGAAGGUAGAUUUCCAGGACACUUCAGUGAAUGUUUCUUUCAAAACAAGUCAAAACACCGACUUUAAUUAUUGUUUGGAUCCAUUGUAUGGCUCAAUAGUUCCCUCCAAAUCAUCAUUUAAGGUUUUUGGAACUAAAUUGGAAUUAUACCUUGUCAAGGAAACAGAAGAAACUUGGAAAUCAUUGGAAAAAGUAGAAUCGGAUACUAUUGCACCACAGGAGACUUCUCUCAGCACUUUGGGCUAUCCAAGUUCCUCUACAAAGAGAAUUAAUUGGUCAGAAUUCAAGGUGGAUGAUGGCGAAGAAGAUUCUAGUCAAGAUCCGGACGCUUUCUUUAAAAAGCUUUACGAAGGAGCAGACGAAGAUACCAAAAGAGCGAUGAUGAAAAGCUACUUGGAGAGCAAUGGUACGAGUCUCAGUACAGACUGGAAGGAGGUCAGUCAGAAGAAGGUCGAAAUUGCUCCGCCUGAUGGGGUGGAUCUCAAGAAUUGGUAAACCUCUUGUUUCAUAUAUCAUACACGACAGAAAUCUAAAAUGUUUCGGUAUCCCAGUUCAUGGCAACGUCAUUCAAGAGCAUUUGCUGAGCUUCUCCAUGUGAUUUGUAAGACCUGGGGCUAACGUUCUCUUUGACUUCUUCACUGUAAUCAAUCAAUGAGUCGCUUAGUUCAGCAACAGGCAUAGCGUUUGAUGUAUUAGGGCUGUCUGACUGUCUUACUAUGCUUCCAUUAAUGCGCUCAUGACUCAAAGAUGACGAUGGGGAGGGGGCCUUGAGCUGACAACUCAAUGGCUUAAGACUAGUGCUUUCAGCUGGUUUUUGGAGAAUUGCGUUUGAAGGUAGUACUCGCGUGGGUGACAAACUCGGUAGUCGCAAAUGUGAGCGGGUGCGUAGUUCGGAUUCAGAAUUUUGCCUGAUAGGAGAUCCACCCUUGAUUACAAUUGGCUUGUUGGAUAUAGUCGAACCUGACAUGAAGCAAACUGAUCUGACUAAUGAUGGGUCGGCAGGACUAGAGAAUACUGGAGGCUCAAUCGGAGACAUGAAUCUCAAAUCUGGCGUUAUGUCCUGAAGUUGUGAAGCUUUCGCAUGUUGGCGAGAAUGAACCGUUUUUCUCAAAGGAGAACUUUCCCUUGAAUUGAACGGAUUUCUCAUGGUCUCAGUGUUCUGUCUUCUGAUAACGGAUCCGAAACUUGCUGGUGAUUUAUAGACGUUUGAAUUCACUGAUUGCGAUAACCGCUGAACAGUGGAAGGCAAUUUCGGUUGCAUGCCAAGAUAGUUCCUUUUCCGUAUGGCGGUUUUCGUUUGUUCCCGCUUAUAUACUCUGCUUGAGCUGUUGGGAGGCAGGGUCUUAAUGGGGGACUUUCGAAAACUACGUUUUCGACAAAGUUCUGAUUCAAUCUCCUCCAAUUUUGAGAUAUAUGGUUCUCCGUUUACUUUGAAUGCGCGGCCUCUUUCGAUCUCAAAGCUGCUUAGUUUCAACUUUAAAUCUUGGAUGGUCGAUGGUAAUUGUCUAGCUAGCUUCUCCCUUAUCUUUUCUUCAUGCCUUAAUAUUUUGAAUGAAUCUCUUUUCAAAAGUCGAUUUGGAUCCUUAACAGCCUCAUCCAGAUAGCUUUUUUCUUUGAGCAGAUCAUCUAAUUUGGUAAUCGAUUCAAGAAGGGGCUUGAGUUUAUCAACUUCUGCUCUCAAUUUCGCAAUUUCUCGAUUAUGUCGAUCAAGCAAGUCCUCGUCAAAAUUGUCAGCGUCUUCGUCGUAAAAUGCUUCAAACUUCAAGCGGUCUUCCUCAUCGUACAUCAGGAGAUCCCAGUACCCAAGAAUUCUCAUACGGCUUGUUUGAAUGAAUUUUGAAAUGUUUUCUCUUUUCUCCUGUUCUAGCUCUUCCACAAGAGCUUCAAAAUUACUGAUCGACGCGCGCUUUAUGUUUCGGUUCACUUUCAAAAACUCCUGAAUCGAGUUAUCUUUCGGUCUCAAGACAGCCCACAAAUCUUCCAGUCUUUCCAUCAAAUCAUCAAGCUGUCGUUCCCUAUUGCUUUUUUCCUCCAGAAGAGCUUUCAGUUUAUUAUUGUAUUGUUCAAAGCUCGCUUUUUUAAUACCGAUAUGCUGUAUCAACUCUUCAUCGCAAUAAUGCUGAAGGUCUAAAUCAAUUUUUUUCUCUAGCUCAUUUUCAAGCAGUCUCAAUCUGUCCAUUGUAUUUCUCAUCAAAGAACACUUCUGGCUGAUAAAGUUUUCUAGCUUCUGUUUUUCUCUUUUUAUCUUCUCUUCGAGCGCAGGACUUGAGCGACUGAAAUUGGUAGACAUGAUACCUUUGAUAUCAUCGACCUCCUCUAUUGUAGAGUACUUCAGGCUUUCCUCUGGAGAUGGAAGUUGCUCAAGAAAUUUUGGAUUAUCAUAUUCGUCCACAAUC